ACUCAGGGGGUGGUAGAGACUCGCAAGAGUCUUUAAUCCAAAGACUUGGUUUUGGAGUUCCUCAAAUCCUUCCCAAGCUGCGCGCUUUCCACUGAUUUCGUUGCUGGAUCGAUACCAGGAAACUUACAUGUCUUAUGAGGAAAAAUUGAUGGCUCGUCCAAGCUCUUCUUCGAAUACCAUGACUCAAGAAGCCUCAAACCUGGCUGAAUCAAUGUCCAUGAUUUCACACGCUGAAUCAGGUCAAGCUCCUAAUGUGACAAGUGAGGCUUCACACGGGCCUGUGGCCAUUCUUUGGGACAUAGAGAACUGUCCGGUUCCAAGUGAUGUCCGCCCAGAAGAUGUUGCUGGCAACAUCCGAAUGGCAUUGCGUGUCCAUCCUGUCAUCAGGGGAGCUGUCACCAUGUUCUCUGCUUAUGGUGACUUCAAUGCUUUUCCCAGAAGGCUGAGAGAGGGUUGCCAGAGAACUGGUGUUAAGCUUGUAGAUGUUCCUAAUGGCAGGAAGGAUGCCGCUGACAAGGCUAUCUUGGUUGACAUGUUUUUGUUUGCUCUGGACAACAGGCCACCAUCUUCGAUCUUGUUGAUCUCAGGGGAUGUGGAUUUUGCCCCAGCUUUGCAUAUUCUUGGUCAACGUGGAUACACUGUCAUUCUUGUUAUCCCUGCCGGAGUGGGAGUCUCUUCUGCUUUGAGCAAUGCUGGACGGUUUGUCUGGGACUGGCCUAGUGUGGCCCGUGGAGAAGGUUUUGUUCCUCCAAAGCAUUACACACCACGUGCCACUGACCUUUCUGGCUACCUUAUGAACUGCAACGUCAGUGAGAGCCAUGAUUGUCAGAAUGAAGAGGAGGCUAUUGUUUAUAGAGGAGCUUCACAAAGUGAAUACAACACAAGAGCAAACUUCAAUCAGAUGUACCCUCGCAACUCAUCUUACAUGUGUAAGGAACCUUCAAGAACUUCCUAUUCAUAUGCGGAAUACGGCAGCAAUAACUAUUCUACGACGCCUUUUCAUACUUCUUCAAGGUCUCAGAGUCUACCUUCUAGUUUAUGUGAAGCACCCAAUGGUGAUCAGAGUGGCAUGGAAGAUCUUUCAUGGGUUCAGCCUGGAGAUAUUCAAGGCCUGAAAGGCCAGAUAUUCAGGUUACUAGAGAUGUCUGGUGGAACUAUGCCGCUUGUGCGCAUCCCAUCCGAGUAUCUUAAGAUUUUUGGACGGCCACUUUACAUGGCGGAGUAUGGAGCUUACAAGCUUGUUAACCUUAUCAGAAAAAUGGGUGAUUGCUUUCUUGUUGUUGGAAAGGGGCCUAAGAAGUGGGUUUGCCUCCGAAACCCUGAAGAUCUUCAACUAAAGAAGUGCCAGAGCACACCAACGAUACUAAGGAAGGAUAAAAAAGAGAAGGGACCUUUAGAUGAAAAUGUGGAUUCAACUGUGAAUCCUAAUACAGGCAGCUCAUCGGAUGGCUUCUCAGAUGAUGCAGUUUGUGGACUUGAUGAGAGGAUUGUGGAUUCGGCUUUGUCUGUGACAUAUGAAUAUGACAGUCAGUUUGAAGCACUAAAACAGGAGGUGCAAGAGCUUCUGGUGUGCUACUCUUGCCCUGUACCUUUUGGUAAUUUUGUCUCGCUCUAUGAACAACGUUACAAGAAACCUCUCGACUUCAAGGCCUUCGGAGUGGAUGGGCUCGAGGGAUUGAUUGAGAAGGUGAGUGAUGUUGUUGAGCUGAGAGAAGAAAAGGGGAGCAAGAGGAAGUAUCUCGUCUCUUGUUGAGUAACAUAUAAGACACUUGUUUUUUUCCCAGUGUCUUAAGUUAGAAAAUAUGUUUCUUUUCUUUUUUGUUGUUUCUGAAGCAUCUCAAGUAUUUUCUUCAAUGAAGAAAUCGGUACUGCUUUUUUUUGUAAGAUGUCAAAGCGCAGAAUUUGUACCUGGUAAACUGAUUGUCAGUUAAUUGAUGUUCAAUUAUCAAUAUAGCUUGUACAGUUAUUUUCA